GCCACCAGAAGAUAUUGUUAGUGGCUGUGAACGCAGAAGACGAUCGGAACCGCAAACCCGAAUGCUUUAACACACGACCCAACACGAUACGAGCACAACCUGUAUUCUAAUGGCGACAUUGCAAGUUUCCCAAAUCCCAUUUGCGUCUUCGUCGUCGUCAUCUUCGUCUUCAACCCCAUGUCCUGUAACCUUAUCCCCUCGGAAAUCAAUGGCCUUGACAGCCAAAUUCAACAGUUUCUCCACUCUCUCUCUUCACCAGAGGAGGAGAAGAAGGGCUACCGGAGUUGUUGGGGUUGAAAAGGAAGAAACGGAAGUGCGCACUGAUGCUUCAUCAACCACUACCCAGCAGGAGGGAGCAGACUCAGAAGACUUCGAAUACAUUCGCCAAAUCCAAAGGGUUUUGGGACUUUUGAGGAAAAACCGAGACAUGCUGUUCAGUGAGGUUAAAUUGACAGUAAUGAUAGAGGACCCGAGAGAAGUAGAGAGGAGAAGAAUGCUGGGCAUCGAGGAUCCUGAUGCCCCUACUAGGGAAGAUCUUGUUGAAGCACUGGAACAAGUGAAUGAAGGCAAGGUCCCUGAAAAUCGGGUUGCUUUGAGAAUUCUAGCUGGGGAGAUGAUCAACUGGCCUAAUUUAGAGGUUGAAGCACCAAAGCAAAAGCGUGCCCCUUCCCUAUAUGCAAAAGCCACAGACACUGGUGUUGAUCCUAAAGAGGCUGCAAAGAGACUGAACAUCGAUUGGGAUUCUGCAGCUGAAUUUGAAGAUGCUGAAGUUAAUGAUGAAACAGAAGUUCCCUCUGCUGUGGGUUAUGGAGCACUGUACUUGGUCACGGCUUUUCCUGUCAUCAUUGGUAUAUCUGUAGUAUUAAUUUUAUUUUAUAAUUCUCUCCAGUAGGGAUUUUGCUUUACCAGUUAAUUAGUGUAUAAUCUGUACUUAAGAGUCAGUGAAGAGAAGUUUGUAAAUUGCCAUAAGGAAAUAAUGAAAUGAAAUUGUUACUCCACGGCACAUGUUUAUCUAAAGUACUUAGAAAGGUCAUUUCCACUUGCCAUCUAUUCUGUAUUCAAUUUUUCUAUCUGCAAUCUGAAUGAUUACAUCGUUAUGAAUCAAUACCCAUCAGAAGUGCAGCCAGAGAGUAGAACAGCAAAUCCAAAACCUAUUUUUGUGGCCAGAGAAAGGCUGUGAGAGCAAGGAAGGGAGGACCAAUGAUGGAGAACACAUUGUCAAGAACAAUGUUCUUGGAAAAGUCUGAAUGUGGAUCCUGGGUGUCAUCAGCCAUAAUACAAGAGGAAGAUAGGGUAACCCAUGAAUCUGCACUCUGAUCUGCCACCGGAGUUGAUAGAAGGCAAGCUUGAACGAGAUACAUUUGCCCGUGCCAACAGCAUUUAUAUUGAAGGGGAGGUCUUGAAGAAUGGAUCAGCACCCAGAAAACCAUGAAUCUUCAACCCAUGUAAGGUUUCUUACAUCUUCACCCCCUUCAAUGUCCUUACAAUCACAAACUGCACUUGCGCAGCAGUGAACAAUGGAUCCAAGUCCAACAAUGGUUCUCUGCAUCCCAUUUCGUUUUUAUUGUUUGCAUCAAAAGAAAAAUCUGGAUUCAACAAUUGAGUUUCGUUAGGUCCAUGAAGAAUGGCGCAGAAACCCAACAAAUUAUGUUACACAAAGUGAAUUUCCCACAUUGCUUCAUGUGAUGUGGCCCUACCAACUCUCAUUUCUCGUGUUUCUUAAUGAAUGAAUUCAAUGUGU